UUUACGCUUGCAGGGCAAGGGGCGAUUAAAAUGAAUUGAUUUUUUAAAUUUAAAUGAUUAUUUUGUAUUUUAUUUCUCAGAAGAGUUCCUUAUUACACUACGGGUGGUUUUUAGUCUCUCUUACUACAGAGAACCCGUGGUUUGGUCUUUAACAUCAUUUUCUGAUUAGUUGAAUUUCAAAAGCCGGAUAACAUCUAGCUCAGAGUUUAUGGAAUAAGCUAUUUUCACUUUAAAUUGACUUAAAUGGUGCAGAUCUCGGUUGCUUGUCGUUUACGUUCACUGCUCAUACGUUUUUGACUCAUCCUACAGUUUAUACUGUUAUAUAAUCUUUGUCGUUUUGUCUUUGUCUAUAGUUUCUCUUAAUGCUAGGGGGUUACGAAACAAUGUGAAGCGCAAGGCCUUAUUUUAAUUUUCUAAACAAUUUUGAACAGAUUUUUGCUUUUUUUUCAAGUCUCACUCAAUUUCGGCUGAUGCCAACUUCUGGAGGUCACAGUGGGGCAACGAUAUUUGGCUUUCCCAUGGAUCUGAACGCUCCGCUGGUGUCACUACAAUGAAAAAUACCUUUGGAGACAAUGACCUGCAAGGCACGGACGGCUCGGGGAGUCUUGGGGGCCCUGAUGUCCGCAGACGCAUCCCCAUCAAACUCAUCUCCAAACCAACCAUCAGGAGCAAACCUGCUCCCCGGACACAAAGACCCAUGGGCCGGCAGCCCUCCAAACCCCAGGCUGGGGAUGAAGAGAGUUUUAGCUUCAAGCAAGAGGAGAGGUUCGACUGUGGUACCAAGGCUGGGGAUGUGUUUGCAAGUCAACGGAGGUUCCCCCAGCAAAUGUUUUGGGACUUUAAGUUGAAUUUGAUAGGUGAAAAGGAUGACAUUCCAGCACACUUUUGUGAUAAGUGUGGUCUGCCCAUAAGGAUCUAUGGACGCAUGAUUCCAUGCAAACAUGUGUUCUGUUAUGAGUGUGCGUUGCUCCACGAGAAGAAGGGAGACAAGAUGUGCCCAGGUAUGCAGCUCUUCAGCUGCACAGACCCGGUCCAGCGCAUCGAACAGUGUCUGCGGGGCUCCCUCUACAUGUGCAGCAUUGUGAAGGGCUGCAAGCGCACCUACCUUUCCCAGCGUGACCUGCAAGCUCACAUCAACCACCGCCACAUGAGGGCAGCCAAGGCUUUGGCAAGCCGCCAGGACGCCCUGCACCUUCCCCCAUCCACAGAGGUGCCUGACCGCUUCCGUGUGCCCCCGCCUCACCUGCCCAAGACCCAAGGGCACCUCCCGCCCCCUCUCCAACACGGGGGUCAUGACCCCUACAGUCAGCCACCACCGGCUUCCCAUGAUGCACCUCCUCUUUCCCAGGAGACCUUCCGCAUUGCCACCGUAACUACACGCGCACGCAGCAACCUCAUCACUGUGCCAAUCCAGGAUGACUCCGGUUCUUCCUCCACCUCUUCCUCCCGUGACCCUCUCCCUCCUGGCCCGGGCCCUGCUCCACCCCCACACCACCACCCUGGGGACUACCCUGGUCAGCCUGUAGUGUCCCACCCCCACCACAUGAUGGCGCCACCGCAACAGCGCUAUGGCCCUCCACCUCCUCCCCCUCCACCCAUCAACCACCCCAUGCAGCACCCGCCCCAGGGCUCUGGGACACCCCACAUGGUGUACAACCAGGCCGGCCCUCCCCCGCCUAUGUCCAACGCACCCCCUCCCAUUACCCCCCCGCCAGGACACAUCAUGGGUCAGAUGCCCCCCUACAUGAACCACCCUCCUCCAGGCCCCCCACCUCAACACGGUGGUCCUCCAGUCAACGCCCCCCCUCCCCACCACUACAACCCUAACUCCAUGCAGCAGUUCCCUGAGGACCAGGGCACACUCAGUCCCCCUUUUAACCAGCAAGGGGGUCUGAGCCCUGGGAUGUGGCCUGCCCCUAGAGGGCCUCCUCCUCCAAGGAUGCAGGGCCCCCCACCUCAGGGCCAGAUGCCUGGACCACAUCACCCCGAUCAGUCCCGCUACCGCCCUUAUUAUCAGUAAACUCUCAACUCCCCACAAACUCAGGGGCAUUGUUUGACUUGUCCCUAUUCCUCUCCACUGGUUUGAAUAAUGUGAACAUGAGUCUCUGGGUUCUGUAUGACUGUCAUUUCUAUGGAAACACUUUAGAGACUAGUCUAUGGUGAAUGUAUGUAUGUAGCUGUUCACUUUUAUUGAUAUGAACCUUUUGGACUGUCAAAUGAGCAACGAUACAUUUGAAUCGCUCCUGUAUUUGUCUCCAAUGGACAUUGUUGUAUCUUGAAAUUUUUUGGUUUGAUGACGUCUCAAUAAAUAUUUUCUAACAAAG